CGAGACACGCGCGCAGCACAAAUUAGCCUCACAAGUCUGUCAGACACCGCUCAAGACGCCGUGAGCGUAGUUGCCAGGUCCAGACGAGCUGGGGACGGCUUGGCUGGCUGGAUGAUGCGGGACUCUGUGUCCGAGCCGCCUGCAUGGUACAGUAUAGUCUUGAGUCACACUCGUCCCUCUUGCAACUUGUCGAAUCCUGUAUGCGAUGCUUUUUGACCACCACCACUACCCCCACUUUGCCUACCUUGACGAACCCCCACCUCAUUGACGAACACCUUUGACGACUUUCACGACAAUUUUUGGAUAACGACAGACAGAGAGGCCCCAAUCAACGCGCGCCUUUUUAUUGCUACUUGCCAUAUAUACUCUUGCAAUCAGCAAGUCGCUCGCGCGCACCCCCCAAACAUCAACAUCACACCUCUUGAUACUAGCAACCAUGGGCAUUGUCUGCAGCUGCUUCUCCACCGUCUUUCUUUGGACUGGCGAGCUCCUCGAGAACCUCGCCCUGGCGAUCGGUGAAAUCUCUUCCAUUCUCAUCCGGGGCAUCUUUUCGCUCCUGAUUGGGCUGUGCGAUGUGCUAGCAGCCAUUUCAUGCUGCUGCCGUGUGCCCUACAGCGAACGACCAGGUCGAAGUGGCUACACGUACGACACCGUCCUGCUAGCCGACAGUCCACCUUUUCUUCGAGGUGCACCAGCAGCAGUGUCGGUACCAGCAGCAUCCAGCGGUACUGGGGUGCUCAGGAGCGUCUUUACCAAGCAGGGCAGACAACACAGAAAGGAUGCACGCGCUGCCAAAGCUCAGAACGAGGCGGCUAGGAAGAAGGAAGCUGCCAUCAAGAAGGAAGCGCAGGACGCUGAGAAGGCCGCCGCGAAGCAGAAGGCUGCUGCAGAUGCCAAAGCUGCCGAGGUCAAGGAGCAGGUGGAGGAAAAAUCACAGAAAUGAGACCAAGCGUCCUGACUCCUUUGGACAACGAAUUCGCGAGCGAUCUCCAUCCUUCGCCGUGCGAAAUUGAUCCUCUCCCCUUUGCUUCACUGGACCGCUAAGCCUGAUCACUUGGCUCAACUGUAAACAGUAAUGACUUUCCGCUAUUCCUCGAAUCGUAUCGCUCGCCAGA